UGUCCUAAAAUAUCCAUUUUUCCAAAACUUUUAUUUUAUUUAUUUCUCGCAUUUUAUCUAUUGAAUAAUGCUAGCCAUAAGUUCAUCAACCACCCAACUCAUUCAAGAAACGGAUCCAAUAUCAAAUAUCACCUGUUAAUAUAUAUAUAGACAGAGAGAGAAAGAGAGAGAGAUCAAAUGGAUGAAGAAAUCAGGAGCUUCAUCAAGGUAUGGAUUAUAGCCAUAACAAGCCUUUGCUAUUGCUACUACAUAUCAUCAAGAAUUCCAAAAGGAAUAAGAAGGCUAAUUUCUCUUCUUCCGUUCUUUUACAUCUUCAUUAUUCUCCCCUUGGAUCUCCACUCCUUGCAUCUUGGUGGUCCCACAGCCUUCUUUCUAGUCUGGCUCGGCCUCUCAAAGCUCCUCCUUUUCUCCUUUGACCAAGCCCCUCUCUCUCCUCUCCCAACAAACCUCUUCCAUUUCAUCUCCAUUGCUUGUCUUCCCAUCAAAAUCAUACAAAACCCACCUCCAAAAUCACCCCCAAAAGUAGAAAAUCUCAUGACCAAAGAAAGUACUAACAAAAUCCCACAUGCCCAAAAGUCAACUCCAACAGUAGAAAAGCCCAACAUCACAAAAAGUACCAAAAACCCAUCUGACCAAAAGUGGGAAAAACCCAUGUUGUUGAACCCGCAAACUAGUGUUCCUAAGGUUGGUUCCAAAGUGCCCAGGUCAAUUUUGAUGGCUAUAAAGGUAAUUUUACUGGCAUUGAUUGUCAAAGCGUAUGAGUAUAGACCAUAUUUACCCUCCUACAUAACUCUAUUGUUGUACUGUUGUCAUAUGUAUUUGGGCAUAGAGAUUACACUAGCCCUCGCAGCCCUUCCGGCCCAAACCCUAUUGGGCUUCGAGCUCGAACCGCAGUUCAACGAGCCAUACCUCACAACUUCACUCCAAGACUUUUGGGGCCGAAGGUGGAACCUCAUGGUCUCAAGCAUCCUAAAGCCCACAGCUUUCCACCCGGUGCGGAGUUUAUUCAGCCCAAUAAUCGGCCCAAAGUGGGCCCAUUUAGCAGGUGUCUUAUGGGCCUUUACGGUGUCGGGCCUGAUGCACGAGGCCAUGUACUAUUACUUCACGCGGGCCCGGCCCACUUGGGAGGUGACCAUAUUCUUUGUGCUUCAAGGGGUGUGCACGGCGGUGGAGAUGGCGGUGAAGAGGGUAGUCGGUGAGAAAUGGCGGCUGAGCGGGGCGGUCUCCGGCGGGUUGGCAUUGGGGUUCUUGGUUGUUACGGGGAAUUGGUUGUUCUUCCCUCAGUUGUUGCGAAACGGUGUGCACGAAAAGACUAUAAAGGAGUACGCCAUUAUGGUUGACUUUAUCAAACAAAUAGUGAGAUUGUGCGGUUGGCCGUGAUCUAGAGUUAAGAUGUAAAAUUAUAGACGUUUAGUUGAUGAAUUUAAAAUUAUGAUUUAGAAUUA